GCAGCCUCGGCCACCAGUCCUCGACAGACGCGCGCGCAACACAGACGUCUUUGCUAGCAGUGUGUAGUGGUGCUUAGGGAUAGCCGAGGACCUCCCAUCUCACAAAACAACACAGGAUACCAUGAGGUGGCUCGUGCUCGUCGCGUUGGGCUGCCUGAUCGGGCUGGCCGCGGCGUCGCCCAUCUCCGGCCGCGACAAGAACGCCGUCGUCGACCAGGCUGACAAGAUGACCGCGGACAAGGCCGCCGUCGUUCCCGCCGUCGCCACUGGCCGCCAGUCAACGUCCGACAACCAGGUGUCCUCCUCGUCCGACGACGAUGAUGACGACGACGAUGACGACGAUGACCUGGGCCUCGACAUUGAGGACGAUGACGACGAUGACGACGACGAUGAUGACGACGAUGAUGAUGAUGACGACGACGACGCGACCCCCACGGGCCAGAACGCGCCCGCCGGCGGCAGCCAGGCGUCUCAGAGCGCGUCUAGCGACGACGACGACGAUGACGACGAUGAGGGGGACUACUUCGAGAGGUUCUUUGACGACUUCCUGGGAGACGACGAUGAUGACGACGACGACGACAAACCCGCCAAGCCGGCUGCUGCCCCGGCUCAGCAGAGCCCCGCGACCUCCGAGACGUCCGAGGACGGCGCAGGUGAAUUUUCGGCCAACGGCGAGCAGACGGACGGCGAGCAGACCGAGGACGGCGAGGGCCAGGGCCAGUCGGCCAGCGAGGUCUCUGCCGACGGCCAGGUGCAGGCUGCCUCCGAGACGACGCAGGAUGUGCAGGCCGCCCCCCAGGCCACCCAGGACGCUCAGGACGCCAGCUCCAGUGACGACGACGAUGACGACGAUGACGACGAUGAAGACGUCGGCGUAGACGACCUUGUGGAUGACGAGGAGGAGGACGACGAUGAUGACGAUGAUGACGAUGAUGACGACGACGUGGAGACGGACUUGGACGAUGUGGUGGACGAUGAGGCGAUUGAAGCGAAAAGAUCACGCGCCCUGCAGCAGGCCAGCCCCUCGGCCGCCUACAUCACCAAGUACAACCGCUUCGUCGACACGAUCCUCGAGCGCGUCAACAAGAUCCUACGCAGGUCCUACGACCCCGUCAACGUCAAGCUCACGCCCGGCGAGAAGGCCGCCGUCAAGUCGGCCGACAAGGACAAGAAGAAGAAAAAGAAGAAGAACGCCGGCAAGCAGCAGCAGAGGGAGGGCGAGAUGAUGGCCAAGACCGACGACGCGGACAGCGCCACCACCAUCAUCGCCGACAGGACGACCACGGCGGCCAUCACCACUCCGACGACACCAGCGCCUCUGGCCGCCAGCAGCAACGGCACCUCCAGGGCGACGGGCAGAGCGCACGGCACGGCCAGGGCCAAGAGCACCAAGAACAAGAACAAGAAAAAGCAAGGCACCAAGUCGCAGCACCCUCGCGCCAAGGCCACGCUGUACGGUUUGUCCUCCAUCAAACGGUCCGGAGACGUCACAGUCAACAUGAUGAACACACACACCACGGUGCGCACCAAUUUCCUGCUCGGGCCGCUGGUCCUGAAGGUGGAGAAGGAGUUCGGGCGCGGCGCCAAGAAGGAGCUCCGCAGCGCCACCGCGACCACGGCCGAGAUGACGGGCAGGUUGAACCUGAGGGUGAUGCACGGCGGUGCCGCGACGCUGCAUUCCAUCCGGGUCAUGCAGCCCAAGCAGGUCCGCAUGCAAACCACGUUGCAAACCAGUCUUGGGGCGGGGGCGGGAAACAGCAGUAAGGUGCGCGUCGAGAGCGCGGACGACCACGACCGGACGCGCGAGUUCGUCUGGUCCCGGAGCAGCCACAUCGCGCACCUCGUCUCGCAAAAGCUGACGUCGGCGACCCGGUCCAUGCUGCAGCCUCCCCCCGGCCCCGGGGACGUGGAGGCCUGAGCGGCGCGGCUCGCAAGCGGCGCGUUGCGGCGCGGCGCACCAGAGCGCAGCGGAACCAAGAUCUCAUGAACACGGAAGCCCACAACAGGGACGCUACGCUGAACAGGGCCGCUCCUCGACACCUAAUAGGAGUAAUGAGCGCAGCUCCAAAGCGGCUGUCAUCUUUGUGUCCACGGCCUCGGCCUCUGGCUCCAGUUAUGAGCAGCCGAGGUUGAGGCCGAGGCAGACAACGACAAUCUUUUAUGGGGGGGAAACGCGUCAACGAAAGUACGCUGGCGAACUAUUUAAAAAAAAACAACAACAAACAAACAUAGAGUCAAAACAUUUAUUUCCAUCAGAGCUAAAUUACAUCCGUAAGGACGGCAACUCAUGCUUAGUAGAAAGCCGUCAACUAGUAAAAGUAGCAGAG